AUGCCUUCCGCUAGAAGCAUCAAGCUAGCAAAUUACUCCUACUCUUCUCCACCACCACCCUCCACUCCUCCUCCACCCCCUCCUUGCCCUCCCCCGCCGCCCCCUCCAUGCAGCCCUCCUCCUCCCCCACCUAGUCCACCCCCACCCCCACCACCUUCGCCGCCACCUCCUCCCCCACCCUGCUAUCACAAGAAACACUGCGGCGGCGGCGGCGGCCACCACCACCACCCACCCGCCUCCCCACCAACCGCGCCGCCACAGUCUCCACCAUAUCCACCAAAAACACCGCCCGGCGGCCCGGCCGCGCCGCCAAAACCUACUUAUCCCCCAAAGACACCGCCAGGCGGCCCGGCUGCGCCGCCAAAACCUACUCAUCCACCAAAAACGCCACCAGGUGGGCCAGCCUCGCCGCCGGAAAAGCCACCAACACCGGUUUAUCCUCCGGGAAAGCCGCCAAAGCCAUCAAGGCCGGCUCAUCCGCCGGUGAAGCCAGGAACGCCGGCGUAUCCGCCGUACUACGCGCCGCCGCCGGGGUCGCCUGAAUAUCCUCCAUACGCACCUCAGUAUCCGCCAAUAGCUCCAAACACUCCAUCAAUCCCCGGCGUCCCCACUGUUGUGACGCCUCCGGGCGGCGGCGGCGGCGGAAACAACCACACCACCAUCAUCGCCGUGUGCGUCUCACUCGGCGGAGUGUUCUUCCUCGCUUUCCUCGCAGUUGGACUCUUCUGCUUGGCCAAGAAGAAGAAGAAGCCUGUCAUGAUUCCGGCGGCCGCUCCACCGGCGCAUUACGGAGGAGAAGGCGGCGGCGCAGCGCAUCCCCACGGAGGAGGCGGAGAGAUCGGCGGUGCGGCGCACGGUGGCGGACAUGAUUACCACUAA